UACAGAACCACCAAAAAAAACAAAGUAAAAAAAAAACACAUCUCAAAGACAGAAUGGUUUUGGUUAGUUCUUUGUCUGAUUUGCAACGUAGGAUGACGUAUUGCAUGAUUUAUGUUAAGAUAAUGUCCAUAUGGAAUCAUCCUCCAAAGAAUAGAGAUGAAAUUACAACCAUGAUCCUGGCUGAUGUUAAGGGAAAACGAAUGGAUGCUACAAUUCCAACAAGAGUAUACAAUGAAAAUUUUAGAACAAGACUUAGAGAAGGAAAAUGGUACCUUUUGUUAGACUAUAAGGUUGUACUUCCUACAAGGAGUGUAAGGUACUCACAGCAUCCAUAUGAGAUUGAGUUUACCUGCAAAACAUCAAUGGACCAUGUUAGGUCUAGAUCCAGAUGGAAUUUCUUCCAAGAAUAUGAUUUUCAUAUGAUCAAAAUUGCAAAGCCUGAGGAAAAAAAAUUUGUUGUUGAUACCAUUGGAUUGAUUCACAGUGUUGAGCCUGUGGAAAUUCUGCCUUGGGUUAGUAGACCUGGGGAAUUAGAUGAAGAGAAGAGAUACAUAACAUUCACCAUCAAGGAUAUAUUGGGACGGUUUAUGAAUUGUGUUGCAUUAGGGAAAGCUUGUGAGGAUUUUCUUUUGCAGUGGGAAGAAAGGGUAAGUCGUGUGCAAUACACUCAUGAGAAGAUAAUUGCAUCAAUUCGAUUUUGGAGGAUAUCUGAGUAUAAAGGUAACCCUUGCUUGCUCGCAGAAGAGGGUUGUUCUAGGACAUUUAUUGACCUAAAUUUCCCGGAUUUUGACCUAGCUCACUAUAUUUCUGCAUUCUCUAUUUGCGAAGAAGAAGAACUGAAGGAAGAGAUAUUAAGUUUAUGGAAAGAACCUACUUCUUCUUGGAGGACAGAGAUCAGAAUGAUAUUGGCUGACGAGAAGGGAAACAGGAUCGAUGCAACCAUUCCAAAUCGCCAUUACAACUGGAAUUUCCAGGCUGUACUGAAACCAGGGUUAUGGUAUCGCAUGUCUGACUUUGAGGUUCUGCGUCCUGAUGAGAAGAAAACCAAAUAUUCUUGCUUCCCAAUCGAAAUCAAAUGCAUCGCAGACACUACCAUGUGGCCUAUUACUCUUGAAUGUCCUUACAGUUUUUUUUAUUUUGUUUUUCCACAAACUGUUGAAUUUGCACAGGAAGAGGACAAAGAGUUUGUGACUGGUAAGAGAUUUUGUAAUGCUGUGACAACCAUCAAACGGUUUCCUUAUGUCUGUCAGAAUGGAGGGACAUAUUAUGAGUCAAGAUAUGUGGCUUUCAAGUUAGUGGACUAUGAGGGUAAGGAGAUCAAGUGCUGUGCUGUUGGUAGGUGCUGUGAGUUGUUUGUAAACAAAUAUGCUCAACAAAUCAGUAAGAUUACUUACAACUACCAACCUAUAGUCGUUGUUCUCCGAGGGUGGAGAAUCAAAGAGGUUUUUGGUGCAAAUGUUUUAAUGAGUGAACAUGGUUGUUCCCAUCUCUACCUAAACCCAAGGUUUCCGGAUGUAGAUGUCCCAAGAUACAUUCAUGAUUUCAUAGAGAACCAAAGAGCUGACGAUGACAAUGUCAUGAUGGAGGUGGUUGCAGAGAACCAGUAGAUGUUCAUUGCUGUUUGGUGGAGGACCUAUGUUUACUUAUGUUCUGUUUUAUGUUUUCCUAUUGCAGUUUCAGUAUUGAACUCUUUUGUUUUUGUUUAUGCAAACAUUUGGUCACUAAUUGAUGAACCGGGUUCAUAUGUAAUAAGUAAAACUCUAUUUUAUUU